CACGGGCAGGACAGGAGGGCGCGCGGGACAUCAGCACACCGGCCGGGUCAAGGAGCUGCAAAGAUGGAGAUCCGACCAGACAGGUUUAAGGCGGUCGCGGGCAAAACUUUGGGGAAAAUUCACAGGCUGAUUGAGAAACGGCAGCCAAAUGGAGAAACUAUUGAGCUGUCGGCGGAGGGUCGUCCUGAGCUGGUGGAGGAGAAGGAGCUGCCUGUGGUGGACUGCACCUGCUUCGGCCUGCCCCGGCGGUACAUCAUCGCCAUCCUGUCUGGCCUGGGCUUCUGCAUCUCCUUUGGCAUCAGGUGCAACCUAGGUGUGGCCAUUGUAAGCAUGGUCAAUGAUCAUACUGUCUACAAAGGCAACAAGGAAGUACUUGUGGCUGCACAGUUCACCUGGGAUCCAGAGACAGUGGGGAUGAUUCACGGCUCCUUCUUCUGGGGCUACAUCGUCACACAAAUCCCGGGUGGCUUUAUAUGUCAAAAAUUUGCAGCAAACAGAGUUUUCGGCUUUGCCAUCGUGGCCACAUCGACGCUCAACAUGCUGAUUCCAUCUGCCGCUCGCUGCCAUUACAGCUGCGUCAUACUUGUCAGGAUAUGCCAGGGCCUUGUAGAGGGCGUAUCAUACCCAGCCUGUCAUGGGAUCUGGGCCAAGUGGGCACCUCCUCUUGAGCGAAGUCGAUUAGCCACGACAGCUUUUUGUGGAUCCUAUGCUGGGGCAGUGGUGGCCAUGCCUUUAGCUGGGAUACUGGUGCAAUACACUGGGUGGCCUUCUGUAUUUUAUGUCUAUGGCAGCUUUGGGAUAUUCUGGUAUUUGUUUUGGAUUCUGGUGUCAUACGAGAGUCCUGCAGCCCAUCCCACCAUCUCACCAGAGGAGAGGAAAUACAUUGAAGAUGCGAUCGGAGAGUCUGCAUCAUUUCUCAAUCCCCUUCAAAAAUUUAAAACCCCGUGGAGACACUUCUUCACCUCCAUGCCAGUCUAUGCCAUUAUUGUGGCCAACUUCUGCAGGAGCUGGACCUUCUACCUGCUGCUCAUCAGCCAGCCGGCCUACUUUGAAGAAGUCUUUGGCUUUGAGAUCAGCAAGGUGGGCAUAGUGUCAGCUUUGCCCCAUCUGGUGAUGACAAUCAUCGUGCCUAUUGGGGGCCAGUUGGCUGACUACUUGAGAACCCACAACCUGAUGUCCACCACCAACGUCAGGAAGCUCAUGAACUGUGGAGGUUUUGGGAUGGAAGCCACCCUCCUGCUGGUGGUGGGCUACUCUCACACAAAGGGUAUUGCCAUCUCCUUCUUGGUCCUGGCGGUGGGAUUCAGUGGAUUUGCUAUCUCAGGGUUUAAUGUCAAUCACUUGGAUAUCGCGCCUCGAUAUGCCAGCAUACUGAUGGGCAUUUCAAACGGAGUGGGAACGUUAUCUGGAAUGGUGUGUCCUCUCAUAGUUGGUGCCAUGACCAAACACAAGACGCGUGAGGAGUGGCAGUACGUCUUCCUUAUAGCCUCACUUGUUCAUUAUGGAGGAGUGGUUUUCUAUGGACUCUUUGCAUCAGGAGAAAAGCAGCCUUGGGCAGACAUAGAAGACACAAGUGAGGAGAAGUGCGGUAUAAUCGACGAGGAUGAACUGGCCAAUGAAACAGAAGAGAUGUACCGUGGAGGGGGGCAGUACGGAGCCAUAAGCCAAUCGGGGGCUGGUUUCAACGGUGGAGGAGGAGGAGGAGGAGCAGGGUCAGGAUGGGUGACAGACUGGGAUAAGUCUGAGGAGUAUGUGCAGCCGCCCGGAUAUAACUCCUACAUGUACGGGGGAGAAAUAGAGAAGGAGCUCACAUAGAAGACUGACGUGACACAAGUUUUAAAAAAUAAUAAUAACAAGAUAAAAAAAAUGAAAGAGGAAGGGUGUUUCUGGAGAACGACUGCAAGAGAGUCACUGAACAGACCUGCUGUGUGCUUCUUAAAAUUUAUAACAGCACAUAUCAAAAGAGUGGAUCAGAUUCAUUCCACUGUAGGUGUGUGUGUUUGUGUGUGUGUGUGUGUGAGAGAGAGAGAGACAGUGUGCGUGUGCAAGCAUGUGCAUGCAGAGUGCUAAAUAUACACAAAAAAACUGAUUUCAUCUUCAUCAGAACUCAUCUUACAUCCUGAUCCUGAUGCUCAUUGUGAUUGGUCAGGAGUUCUGUAUCCGCAACUAGGAGAUCCUGUGUGUGUGUGUGUGUGUGUGUGUGUGUGUGUGUGUGUGUGUGUG